UGCAUUUCAUAAAUAUCUCAAUAAUACUCGGUAGCGUCAGUGACAACCGAAUAUCGGAUGCCCGCAAGGAGUACAAUUUCAAAUGCUUUUUUUAAUUGUACAUAAGUCAAAAUACGCAUAAUCAAAAAUAAGAGAGAAAUUACGGAAAGAUUUACUCUGUCGGGAAAAAUGUUUACCACUAAGUCCUUCGACGUUGUGAGUUUUAAUUCGGAAUUGUCUUCUACGAGAUUGGAAACAUCCGCGAACGUUCAAACAACGGAGAUAGUCUACACAGCUGACGACACGCAGACCGCAGAGACGAGAAGCAUUGGGAUCCAGACAGCGAACGGACAGAAACCAGAUGUACAAGUGGAUUACGACAAACUGGCAGAGUUUCUGAAAAGAGUCACGCCAGGGAUCCUGGAAGCCCUCGAUGAAACUUACGCCACUAACGCCUUCGACGACUAUAACCCAAAUGUGACCGAGGCCUCGUCCGCCACUGUAGAAUUAUUGAAGAAAAUAUGCACGUCGAAAGAGACAGACGCUCAGAUUAAAAUAAGUGACUUGUCAUGGAGCACCGUCGGCGGAACGUUAGCAGUAGGCCUCAGUCACACUUACCACGAAGCGUGGUGCGAUCAUCUUUCUACAGUCCAGUUGUACAAUCUCACAACGGAGGAUAAUGUCACGGACGCGCCUACCAGAACGUUAGAGACGAAUGGCUGUGUCACAACGCUGUGUUAUCACCCGAUGGAACCCUCUAUCCUCGCGGCCGGACUGUCUAAUUGGGACGUGUUGGUCUGGAAUCUCAGGAACGACGAUUCCGUCGUGCCUAUGCACGUAUGCACGCACGGCGACUGCGUGACCCAAGUGUGCUGGAGGCCGAGAUCCGUGAACGACGUGACCCUGUUGCUGAGCUCCAGCAGAGACGGUUACAUACUGAUUCACAAAUUGACGACUAACUUUACAACCGUUCAGCUGCACAAACGAUUCAAGAUAGUGAAGGAACGUAAUCCGGUGGAGAGUGCUAGGCCACGCAGCGCCGGAGGUAGCGAGCGCGCGGCGGAGGCAGGACUGUGCAUCACGAGCUUCGACUUUUCACCGAGGCACCCCAGUAUAUUUGUCGUUGGAACGCUAUGCGGCGGAAUCUAUAAAUGCAGCUUGGAUAGCGUGACUCCGAUCGAAGGAGACACCACGCUUGUAGAUCCCGUUAUCGAUGAAUAUGAAAGACACGGAGGUAGCAUUACCUGCAUCAAGUGCUCGCCGUUACGCAAUCUGUUUGUCAGCAGCGCCACGGAUAAGGAAAUCCGUAUAUACAAUCUUGACGAGCAUGUCAGUCAGCAAACCAUUUCCGUGGACAAUACAGUUGUGGGAUUAACAUGGAUGAUUGGCAAUCAAGACGUAUUCGCAACUUACGGGGCGGGCGCGUGUGUGAAGUUCUACAACGUCACGGACGGUAAACCUGUAACGUGUGCGAAAGUUGAGGUGACUGGCAAAGAAAGUAUUAGUAGCUUACGCAUAAAUUCCAAGAGAGAUAUGCUGGCUAUUGGAGAUGUUCGUGCGAAUGUCGAAAUAUGGAAAUUUCCACGUCACUUGUUUUGAACUGUAGUCCUGAUUGACGCAAUUGCUCGUGCCAUUUGCUGAAUGGAUUGACACAUCGCUACGUACGUUUUAUAUAUCGCACAUAUAUACAUGUAACAAUUUCUACUGAAAUAAAUUAUUUGGAACAUUGACCUUCUUCACGUCACAACGUAUAAAAUUUUCCUCUAUAGAUAAGAAAUGAUAAUACAAUUCUUAGUAAUAUGUUUACCUAAGAGUUAUUUUAGGAUCGAAAAUAUCAACAAAUUCAGAGUACUUUUGAAAUAAAAGUUAAGCGUAUUUUACGAAUUACGUGUAAAUAAAAUAAAAAUUUAAAUAUAUAUUGGGUGCACUUUUAGCAAAAAGUGAUUUCAUAUCUCUUAACAUAUGUUUUUUUCUAAGUUAAAACAAGUUUUAUUAGUAAAUAUCAAAUUCAACAAAAAAAUGACAGAAAUUUGCAUUUUAAAACUUCAUUAUGAUUUAUAAAUCAUGAAAACAAUUUUACAUUACCUCUGUAUCUCUGCAAUCACAGCCGCAUUCUGAAAAGGGGAUACAAUUUAACAGGGAAAAUACUUUAUUAUAUUUUAAGUACGUUGAAAAUUUGUCCUGAAAAGGACAGUUUGCACGCCUUGGUGCUCGUUGUAGUAGAUGUUCCUUGCCCUGAAAAGGGCAGUUUUAUUUCUUUGUCCUGAUGAGGACAGUUUGCAUCGUAUGCUUUGCGCAUACGUUUAUUGCUUCAACUGAGAAGACGCACCGACAUCGUGAUCUAUUUGCGGGUCCCGAAAGGGACCCUGAAUGAGAUAAUGGGAAAGGAUUAUACGGGAGAAUCUGAUCUGAAUAGGAUUGUAACGGGACAUAAAGAUAAGGAAAACAAAGGUGAAGGAUUCUUUCGUGAAAUAUCUUGCAAAUCUUGAAGACGGCCAGAGACCGCGUGUUAGGAUUCGUAAAUCGAUUUAAAGCAAUUUUUUUCUUUUUCUUUUGGAAGGAAGGGAAACGAAAUAAGGGAAAUAAUGGGACGUUGAAAAUUUCUUCUACUCCAUCCUGUUGAUUCCUUCUUCCUCGCCUCUUAUGCAAACGGUAAGAUGUUGGAUUCCGUCCACCUCUCGAACACGUGCAGACUCCAAGAAUUCUUCGGUGUCUUCUUCUUAAAGCGGCAGCACCUAUUUACGCGGAACUCGUCAGGCGAGUCCGCAACUUAUCUUCUCCUAUUUCUAUCGUAUCUCCGUCCAUCGGAGAUAUCCUCCUUUGAUCACGCCCAGCAUUUUGUCUCUUCUUCUCGCUCCUACCUCUUUCACUCUUUCUCUAUUCCUUUCUUCGUUCAACAAUGAUAUGAAUAUGUGCGCCUCUCGUAACAAGCGGUUCACAUAGACAUCGAAGCAAAAUACAUGAACUCCGCCCCGCGGUAAGUGGCUGUAUAAUUGCGCUGAGCUGAAAUAUACUCUGGAAGUCACGGGGACGGAAAGUUCCGUUUAAAGCUCCCCGGCUCUCUUCUCCUCUCUUGCGUAAAGACUCCGGCUUGGAGAUUCCCCCGCGGAAACGUGAUCGAGGAACCGAAAACUCCGCCCGAAACUCCCUCUCUGCUCUCCUGGUUUACCAUAUCCCCGAAAUCGAUCGGGCAACAUUAUUGCACGCCAAAUCUUUCGACUCCCUCGGUCUCUCCACUCUUCCACUUCUUCUCUCCUUAGUAAUGUUUUAAGUCUCUCUCUUUUCGCUCUCGUAUGUCUCUUGCCCUCAACAUUCUCUCCUCACCUCUUUCAUACGUUCACGCAUACUCUCUUUCUCUCUCACUGGUUUCAUCUGCACACUUAUAAUUUUUUUUUUUGGCGCCUUUUCAAAAAGACAUUUUCUGGUCCGUUUCUUUUUCUUCUUGGAAAUCCUGAGACCCCGCUUCAGUCAUUCAGACUCAAGAUACCGCUCUGCUAACGAGCGGAGAGCUUUUUUCAUAUAUACUUGCUGCUCCGCUCUUCGCUCCGUAUCUUGAUGCUCACUCGCACCCGAGAAACUAUGCGUUUCCAUAA